AUGUUGAGAGAUGCUGGAGUGGAAACGACACAUUAAUUAAUAGACAAAAUAGAAAUGAGAGUCAAGAACUUUCUCAAGACUCAAUCUACCAAGCAAAUAUAACCAUUGCAAUUAAACAAUUCAAAUUUAGAUUACAAUAAUAGACACAUAUCUAUGUAUUCAAAAAAGGAAAAAGGAGACUCCAACAUUUUCAGUCAAUUAGAGAACAUUCCUCCAUAGAGAUAAUUAACUUAAUGUUCAAGAACUUCAGAUUGUCAAAUUCCAUUAUUGAAAGAAAUCCAAGAAAUUGAUCAAUCAUACAAAAUUGAAAUUGAUUAAUUAAAGAACACAAUUGUACAAUUAAAAUAAGUGAUUGAAGAGUUAAAGGAAUGUAUUUCUGGAUUAACACAACAAUUGGACUUUAAAUAAAGAGAAGCUGAUUAAGUAAACAAAGAAAAUGAGAAUACUAAAAUACUUGUAUAGACUUUGAGGGAUGAGAACUCUUAUCUAACAAGGGAAAUAUAAUAAUUAAUAAAUGAAUAACACUCCAACAAUCCAAAAGUCAGUUCUUUAAAUAUUGAGGUUCAGGAGGAGAGAAAGAGAAGUGAAAAAUUAUAAUUGGAGAUAAGUGAAAUCAAAAUGAGAGUUGAAAAAUAAAGAGAUUCUGCAAAAACAAAUUCAGACUCCUAGAUCAUAGAAAAAUUGGUUCAUAAAUUAGAAGAUGCUCAAGAAUAAUAACAACGUUAGAAUCAAUAGUUUAUGAAAUACGUGAUAUAAUAUUUGGAGAAAUAAUAAAAUUAAUAAUUAAAACCAACUUCUACUUUACUAUUAAGUAAUCACAAAAAGCAAAAGUCUAGUUUAAAGAAAAAAUGA